CUCAACAGACCUGAUUAAGAGCUAGCAGCCAAUCUCUUCCCCUUCUCUUCGCUGGUGUCACUGUGUUUCUACUGCCUACCGGAGAUGAACAGUGGCGCUGGUGGUGCUGGGGGAGCAGCAGUAGGGAGGAUGCCGGCGGGGAGCCUCCAGUGGGCACAGUGGAGGCUAGCGGAUGAGCGAUGUGAACUCCGGGAGGAGGAGAUGGAGUACAUGCGACGGUUCCACCGCCACGAAAUCGGUAGCAACCAGUGCAACUCCUUCAUUGCGAAGCACGUUAGGGCGCCCCUCCAAAAUGUUUGGUCACUGGUGAGGAGGUUUGAUCAGCCACAAAUUUACAAACCUUUUGUGAGAAAGUGUGUAAUGCGCGGAAAUGUUGAGACCGGAAGUGUUAGGGAGAUCAUUGUUCAAAGUGGGCUCCCAGCCACAAGGAGCAUUGAAAGGUUAGAGUUCCUUGAUGAUAAUGAAUACAUCCUCCGUGUCAAGUUUAUUGGUGGCGAUCAUAUGUUGAAGAACUAUUCAUCCACCUUGACUAUGCACUCUGAGGUCAUAGACGGCCAACCAGGAACAGUUGUUAUUGAGUCAUUUGUGGUGGACAUUCCAGAAGAGAAUACCAAAGAAGACAUAUGCUAUUUCGUCAAGAACUUGCUCAGGUGUAACCUAAGGACCCUCGCUGAUGUGUCUGAGGAGAGCCUUGCCAGUCCUUGUUAAAACUCCAAGAAACAAUGGAGCUCCUUGAUCGGCGCUGAUUACUAAAGCUUCUUCUAAAGAAUUUAGUUAUCAGUACAAUCAUAGGGCUCACUUCAGUUUACUACAUAUACAUAUCCAACUUUCUGAUUUAGUUCGCUCUAGUGUUUGAAAAAUGUUAAACUGAAAUGAAUUUAUAAUAUUAUGAAGGAUUGUCGUCGGACUUCAUGUGCAUUCAUAUGUCUUA